CUCCAAAUGGAAUUAUAACUGAUCAAGACCGGGCUAUGCAAAAUGCAAUUCAAAUUGUAUUCCCGGAUACAAGGCAUCGUUGGUGUUUGUGGCACAUCAUGAAGAAGUUACCCGAAAAAAUGGGUGGGCUUGCGGAUAAAGAUCAAAUCAUGUUCAAAAUUCAUAACCUGGUUUAUGAUUCACAACACAAUACAGAGUUUGAGGCCGGUUGUGAAGCUAUGCUCCAAAGGUUUUCACUGCACCAUGAUGAAUGGCUGCUCGUGAUGUACAACGAACGUCAUCGUUGGGUCCCCUGUUACUUGAAAACGUUUUUUUGGGCAGGUAUGUCAACCACUCAACGAAGUGAAAGCAUUAAUGCGUUCUUUGAUGAGUAUGUUCAUUCUAAAACAAGUCUGAAACAAUUUGUGGAUCAAUAUGGACGCGCUUUAAGAAAGAAGGUUGAAAACGAAUUUCAAUCUGAUGGCCUUUCUUUGACUAAAAUGAUUCCAUGUGUUACGUCUUUGGCAAUUGAAAAACAAGUGCAAGGCGUUUACACCAUAGCAAAGUUUAAAGAGUUCCGAACCCAAUUAGUUGAUCAGUUGUAUUGUUACGUCAUCCCUAUGGCGGAUGGUAAAACAUAUGAAGUCAAAGAGAAUCGUGUCAUAGAUGGGUUUGAUAGGAGUUGGACCUUCAUUGUUGAGUAUGAUGUGUCUACAUCCAUAGGAAUGUGUAGUUGCCACUUAUUUGAGUUUAGGGGCAUUCUAUGUAGACAUUUUCUUAUGGUGGCACUACGAUAUCAAGUAAAAGUGUUGCCUGAUUGUUACAUACUAUCAAGAUGGCGGAGAGACAUCAAAAGAGCUUACACACGAGUGAAAAUUAACUACGAUGGGUGGGUAACUACGGUGGAACAAGAAAGGUUUGAUAAAUUGUGUAAGACUUUUGAGACCCUUGCAAACACAAUUGCUGAUGAUCCGGAGAAGUGCAAGAGCGUAAUGAUGUGGCUAGAAAGGCAAUUGCAACUACAUAAACCCCC